CGGUCGACUGCACGCUGUUUAUUUGUUCUUCAGAUUGAAUAAAAAAAAGAUGGGUAAAAUCAAAGCAAGUGGACAAAAGGCGUCACGCGCGCCAGUCGCAAAAUCAAUUGAUGACACGAUGUUGGAUGCCACCGCAAUUGUCACCAGUAGCGACGAUGGCUUCCAUGAGCCAAGUCAAAGCCCAGCACAGAAGCGCAAAGCACAGGCGGCCAAAGGCGAGGGGAAGCCGAAGAAAUUCAAGACGACAGAGGCGAGCGUUAAGCCGCCAACACUGGAAGAAAUUAAGGAGCUGCGCGACACACGCAAUCUCUUCCAUUCCAAUCUGUUCAAGCUGCAGGUCAAGGAGAUGCUGGAGGAACUGCAACUCAAGCCCAAAUACAGUAGCUACAUCGAUAGCUUUCUCGAGACGUUUACGACGGCUGUGCAGGAGCUAGAGAACGCAUUGCUCGACACCUGCCAGCUGGAGGUUCCCCUGCAUCUGCGUAAGGAGAAUUUGAACUUUAAAUUCGUGACGCCAACGUCGGCGCCAAUGUUGAUUGGUGCAGCGGCCACAGGCACUCUGAUGGGACCCAAAUUUGUUGCGGAUGUGGCACUGGAAAUGCCUGCCGCAUGCUUCCAAAAGGACGAUCACCUCAAUAUGAUUUACGACCAGAAGCGUGCUCUUUACUUGGCCACAAUGGCCAGCAAAUUGAAGCGAUUGACCGAAUUUGCAUCUAUUCAAUUUGCCUACAAUUAUCAUGCGAAUAAUCCGCUGAAACCGGUCCUGGAGCUAACACCAGCCGGUAAAAUGGGGAAACAUUUGUCAAUACGUUUGUUUAUCACGGCGCCAGAGCAGAUCUUUAAGCUGAACCGCUUUGUGCCCAGCAACAACAACAUUCGUCCAUCGCUCUUCGGCGAUGAAUGGAAACAGGGCCAAACUUUACCCCCGACUCCGCACUACAAUGCCAAUGUGCUAUUUGAUCUGACACUGGCACAGAAUCAGCAACUGUUGCUCGACUCCUUUGCGGAUCGCCGCAAUUUCCAGGACGGUUUACUGCUACUGAAAGUGUGGCUACGACAGCGACAGCUGGACAUCGGCUACAGUGGAUUCAGUGCUCACAUUCUGGCUGCCUACAUUGUCUACCUGAAACAGCAGCGCUUGCUGCAUCAGUCCAGCAGCAGUUAUCAGGUGGCCCGCACAGUCUGGAAUCAAUUGGCCAACAGCGAUUGGACGCAAGGCAUAACCCUCGCCCAAGAGCAGCCCCAACAGCUGAGCAUGCUUGCUGGUCACUAUGAUGUGUGCUUCAUGGAUGUCACCGGCUAUUACAAUUUGUGCGCCAAUCUACCGCUUGCUGUCUACAAGGCUGUUUGUGCGGAGGCCAAGCUGGCCGUGGAGCUCCUUAACGAUAUGAAAGUCAACAGUUUCACGCACAUUUUCAUGCAAAAAUCACCGCUAUACACACGCAUGGACAACAUGCUCAAAAUAACACAACCAGGCAGCGUGGAUCAGCUGCUUCAGUUACAUCUACAGCCGGAUGUCAAGUAUGAUUAUGCCAACAACUCCCAUCCGCAAUUGCUCAAAUUGCUAACAGAAUUGUUGGAGAAGGGUUUGGGUCAGCGGGUGCAUGCCAUUCUGCCUGUGGAGUUGCCCACGACGCCUUGGUCCGUCGACAGCCAGGCGCCCGUCAUUGGUCGCUGUCUGCAGCUCGGCCUCAUCCUUGAUCCGGAGCAUGCAUACGAGGUGCUGGACAAGGGACCGGCAACCAAUGAAGAUGCCGCUGGUGCUGCCGAAUUUCGUAGAUUUUGGGGUGAAAAAUCGGAAUUGCGUCGCUUUCAGGAUGGCAGCAUUACGGAGUCAGUUGUGUGGGCAGCCGCAACGGAUCCGCCCAGCCAGAAGCGUUUAAUUGUGCGCCAAAUCGUUUUGUAUCUGCUCGAACAUCAGCUACAGAUGGAGGCCAGCGAUGUGCAGUAUCUCGGCGCUGAACUGGACAUUGUCCACUCACUGACGCCGUCCUUCAAGGUGGCCAAGCUGCAGACGAAACUGCAACUGAAACAGGACACCGAUGCGGAGGCACUAACACCACACGUCAUCCACUGCUACGAUGCGCUGGCCCGUCAGCUGCACUCGCUCGAGGAUUUGCCACUGGAUAUCGUGACGAUAUCGGGUAUUUCACCUAUUUUUCGAUAUUGCGAACCACAGCCGUUGUUGCCACAGGCGCGUCUGGUGGCAGAUCGCAUGCAUGCGAAUCAGUUGCUGCAUGUGAUCAUUCAGCUGGGCUCCAGCGGCAAAUGGCCCAAUGAACUGGGCGCAUUGCGCAGCCUGAAGACGGCGUUUCUCAUCCAAAUUGGCAAGCAGCUGAAGGCACAGCAUCGCCUCCACUGGCAGCUGGCCAAAGAGGGUUUGCUGCUGCUGAAGCAGGGCUAUUGUUUCCUCUUGGAGCUGGCGCACACCAAAGAGCUGGCGCUGCUCAAGCAACAGCAAACGGAACGUGGCAUCACCACCUAUGUGGACAAUCCGGCCAGUCGAGAGCUGGAGCGACGCCAAUAUAUAUUGCCUCGAGUCAAUGGCGGACUGCAUGCACUGUAUCAAAUGCAUGGCGCCUUUGGCGCGACAGUGCUCAUUGCCAAGCGUUGGCUGGCCACCCAGCUGCUAGACAAUGGUCUGUGGCCAGACAUGGCAACGGAACUGUUGGUGGCGCAUCUCUUCCAACAGCGACAGAUGCCACAUACAACAGCCUCGCCACAAACGGGCUUCAUACGCUUCCUUCAGCUGCUCGCUCACACCGACUGGAAUGCGGAACUAUUUCUGCUCAAUUUCAACAACAGUUGGACGGAGCAACAAAUAUCGGAUUUGGGUCACAGUUUUCGCAGCGAUCGCCAGAGCUAUCCACUGCUGUGUCUGGCCACCGCCUACGAUCAGCAGCACGCGGGUCGCCUCUGGACGAGCGAUGAGUGCCCCAGCAAACCGGUUCUGGCUCGGGUCACUCUCUUGGCCCGUCAUGCCUUGCAGCUGAUCGAGACGAGACUGUUGUCCCAGAGACUGACAUUUGUGCGGCCCGCGCAUUUGUUUAUGCCCUCUGGCGAGGGCUAUGAUCUAGUCAUACAGUUGAAACCGGAUCUGGUCUCGAAUACGCUGUGCUACGAUCUCGGUUCGCCAUUUGUGCAAUUCAGUCAGCGCAAUUUCCGUUUGCCGCAGGCAGGCAGUGACCAGCUAGCCAGGAUUGUGGAGCAACUGAGGGCGGCGUACUCCGAUUUUGCGGCAUUCUUUUACAAUCCGCACGGCGGCAAGGAGUUGGCGAUUGUUUGGCGACCCGCAUCGGAAUUCGCGCCGAAAGCCUUCAAGGUUAACGAGCUGCAGGCGUGCACGCCCUGCUCCGGCGGCAAGGUGCAGGUGUCGCGGGACAUCCUGCUCGAGGAUUUCAAGCUGCUGCUCAAAGACUUUUAUCUGCGCGUCUGCACACCGGAGCAACUGAAGCGUGAGCGACGGGAACACACCGAACCCAAGCGCUAUUUCAAUCGCCCGGCCGAGGACGACACCAGCAAGCCGCAAAAGAAGCGAAAGAAACAGAAAAACGCGCCUCAAACAGAUUCAAAGAAGCGUCUAAUAAAAAGUAAAUCGCUGAGUGCAUUAUGCUAACAUUUAAGACUUUGACAAAGAACUAAGAACUAAAAUGUAGAUAUUAAAUACAUAAAAUCACUGA